AUGAGUAGAUACAACUACGACGACGACCCCUUCAACGCGUACCAUGAUGAUUACACCCACCCCCAUCACCAUGCCAGUCAGCAGGGUCACCAACAAUCCAAUCAACAGUCCCAUCAUCAGACUACUCAGAAUCAAGGUACCUAUAAUUACAGAGAGAGAAUGCCAUCAGAUAAUUCCAUAAAUUUCCAACAACCUCCUCCAGUGUAUAAUAAUCGUAAUGAAAUGGGAAGUUAUGACGACUUCACCAAUUACUACGACGAAUCCGACACCCGACCACAGAACAUUUUCAACACCAAUCAGCAUUUAAGCACCCAUCAUAAUCCAUUUGAAUCAUCAUCAGCUGAAAAUUUACCUGAUUUACCCCCAAACCAUUAUGAAAUGAAUCAGUAUGAUUACCAGUAUACUCCCAAUGCUCAUUAUGCCAAUGAAUAUAAUCAAGCAUUUGUUCCUCAUGUUUAUGAUGAAGAUGAUGACGAAGAAAGAGAUUUCGAUCAAAGGAUUCAGUACAAUGAUUUCGAAGGAGAUCAUUAUGACUUAAACACUGUACAGCCACCACCAUCAUUUGUGGAUUCACCGUUCGGAGAAGAACAAGAAUUUGAAAAACCUCCAGAAGAAGAACCUGUCAGAUCCAAACCACAAAUUGGUGUAGCUACGGGUUUAAACGGUCAUUUGGUGUUAGAUUGUCCUGUUGCCGAUGAAUUACUUCGAAAAUUCCCUGAUUAUAAACAUGACGUCAAAGAUGGUGGAUUAUCAAGAGAAUUCGCUUAUAUGAGAUAUACUGCUGUUACAUGUGGUCCUUCUAAUUUCUACAAAGAUGGAUAUAUCUUAAGACCAGUACAUUAUCCCCAACCCCGUCAAACAGAGUUAAUGGUAGUAAUCACCAUGUAUAAUGAAGAUGACAUUUUAUUAGCUAGAACAUUAAAAGGGGUAUUUAAAAACAUUAAGCAUUUAGAAUCAAGAACCCGAUCAUCAGUAUGGGGAAAAGAUUCAUGGAAGAAAGUAGUGGUUUGUAUUGUAAGUGAUGGACGGUCUAAAAUUAAUGAAAGAGCUCAAGCAUUAUUAGCAGGUUUAGGUGUUUAUCAAGAAGGAUUAGCCAAAUCCCAAGUUGAUGAUAAACCUGUUCAAGGUCAUAUGUAUGAAUAUACUACCAGAGUAGGGAUUUCUUCAGUUGAUGAAGUAGUCAAAUUGACUACAGAGAAGAUUGUUCCGGUUCAAUUACUUUUCUGUUUAAAGGAAAAGAAUGCUAAGAAGAUUAAUUCUCAUAGAUGGUGUUUCCAAGCCAUUAGUCAAGUUCUUGAUCCUAAAAUUGUGGUUUUAUUGGAUGCAGGUACUCAACCUACAGGGAAAUCCUUAUAUCACUUAUGGAAAGAAUUCGAUAAAGAUCCUCAAGUUGCAGGUGCUUGUGGAGAAAUCAAAGCUAUGUUGAAGAAAUCAGAUUUCCUUAAAAAUCCAAUUACUUAUGGACAAAACUUCGAGUAUAAAAUUUCAAAUAUCUUAGAUAAACCCACUGAAUCUGUUUUUGGUUUCAUUUCCGUUUUACCUGGGGCUUUCUCUGCUUAUAGGUAUGUUGCUUUACAAAAUGAUGUUAAUGGGAAAGGUCCUUUGGAGAAAUAUUUCAAGGGGGAAUUUUUACAUGGAUCAGGAGAAUUAGAUCCUAAUGAUGAUGAAUAUGUUUUGAAAUCUACUCAAUUAAAAGAAGAAGCCGGGAUCUUCACAUCUAAUAUGUAUUUGGCUGAAGAUAGAAUCUUAUGUUAUGAGUUGGUAGCCAAAAAGAAUUGUAAUUGGUUAUUAAGAUAUUGUAAGAGUGCAAGUGCUGAAACUGAUGUACCGGAUAAAUUAGCUGAAUUCAUUUUACAAAGAAGAAGAUGGCUUAACGGGUCAUUUUUCGCUGCUAUUUAUUCAUUGGUUCAUUUCCCUAAGAUCUGGGGUUCUUCUCAUUCUAUUGGUCGUAAAGUUUGGUUACAUAUUCUUUUCGUUUACCAAUUUUUGAAUUUGAUCAUUUCUUGGUUUUCUUUGGCUACUUACUUCUUGGUGUUCAGGAUCUUAACGACGGGUUUAAAUGAUUCAAGUUUAAAUUUUGCUCCAGGUAAUAUUCUUUCCGUUAUCUUCCUUUGGUUAUAUUUGGCAUCUUUAGUUACAACCUUCGUCUUAAGUUUUGGUAAUAAACCAAAGGGAACAGAGAAGUUUUAUAUUGUUAUUGUGAUUUUCUUUGCCAUAUUGAUGGCAUAUAUGAUUUUUGCUGCUAUCUUUAUGGCAGUACAUUCGGUUCAAGACAUUUAUAAUUCCAAUACUAAAAUCACUGUAUCAUUAUUCUUUACCAAUGCUAAAUUUAGAGAUUUGGUGGUGGCUACUUCAUCAACCUAUGCUUUAUACUUCUUAGCAUCAUUUUUAUACUUUGAACCUUGGCAUAUGUUUACUUCAUUCAUUCAAUAUCUUUUAUUAUCGCCAUCAUAUAUCAAUGUUUUGAAUAUUUACGCUUUCUGUAAUAUUGAUGAUAUUUCAUGGGGUACAAAAGGUGAUGUUGGUGCUAAAGAUUUAGGUGUGGCUAAAGUUAGAGAUGAUGGUACUUUCGAUGUUAAUAUUCCAAUCUUAAAGGAAGAAAUCAAUCAAUCUUAUUUGAAUCAAUUAGAGAAAAUAAAGAAACCUAUAGUUGAAAGUACCGGUGAUAAUGUUACUUCAAACGAAGAUUAUUAUGCCUUCAUCAGAUCUAUGACGGUUUUGAUUUGGAUGAUCUCAAAUUUCGUUAUUGUAGCUUUGGUCCUUCAAACAGGUGGUUUAGAUCAAUUUGGUGGGGCUUCAACAACUACUAGAGCUGACGUUUUCUUAACGGUGAUUUUAUGGGUAGUGGCUUUCAUGGCGUUGUUUAGAUUCAUUGGUUGUGUUUUAUAUUUAAUCCAAAGGUUCUUAAGAAAGUUCAAACAAUCAACUAGUUACAAACGUCAACAAAAAGGUUUACUUUAA